GAAAGUGUCAGAUAUUGCUUAAUUUAGACAAAAUCUGUACACGCACUGUUGUAGAUGUUAGUGGUUUUGUUGGCCUUUUAUUUUAUAACAAAACAUCAAACGAAACCAUGUAAAGCUUGACUCUGAUAUCAUGCCUGGUCUUUCACUCUUUGUCACCUAAAACUAAAAAUAGAAAUUAACCGAUUCAGAAAGCUGUCAGGAUAAUCGAAAAUGUGAAAUGACGUAGACUUGGUCUUACCAGCUAUUGUUAUUGUCUGGCGGAAAUUGCGUAUUACUGGUUACUUUCACUUAUUGACGUCAGUUUUAUAAACAAAACUAAAAAAAACCCAAACAGCAAAUGUGGAACAGUCAAGGAAGCUUUGCAACUAUAUUCUUCAUAUAGAGUUGCAUAAAACAGAUGUUAAUUAGUAUAAACCAAUGAUUAACUUGAAAUGGAAGAGAAUAUUGCAGAAUUCUCAGCCAGCCACAGAGGAAAUGGGGCCAGAGGCAAUUUGAAAAUCGAUAUAAAUAACAGUAGUCAAGACACAGAAGAGGUGGCAGGAAAUCUUUCACCAAAAUCAUUAAGAUGUGUGGAAAAACUGAUUCAUGAUUUAAAAAGCAAAACAGUCAUAAUAGAUGAAGAUGAAACCGGAAAGGUCAGAGUGGAAUAUGAAAAUGAAGUGAAGAAAAAUAAGAGAGAUGGGAUUAUGAAAGAUAAAAUGGCUCAUAUAGAUAUGUCAAAAAGCAAUCUGAUUUCAACUCCCAAAAAUAAAGAUGACAUGACACUACAUAUAGAGGCAUUGUGUGAACUGAUUGAUAUCUAUAAAAAAAAUAAAUAUCCAAGUGGAGUUUGUUCAGAUAACAAAAUGGUGACGCCAAAAUGUGGCCUUUAUAGAGAAGGAAAUGAAUUUACCAAAACAAAAGAAAUUCUGGGUAAAGGGAAUGUUGCUGGGGAAAUCAUUGUUGUGAAAGAUACGGGAUCCAACAAAGAACAUGCCCUUAAAACGGUGAUGAUCUCAUCUUUUAGACCAGAAGAGUUAAAAAUGUGGAUCAAUUUGAAUGAUGAAGAUUUUGUUCCAAGUCUUCUUAUGGUUCGACUUGAAAAAAAUAAAUGCAUAUUUCACAUGGAAAAACUUGAAAAUGCUGUAACAUUACGGGAAGUUAUUGAUGAACAGAUUAACCUUUGUGAGCCUAACAUUCGUCCUGUAUCAUUGUGUAUUUUACAUGGUCUACUAUCAAGUAUUAAUAAGAUGCAUUCGAAAAACGUUGUUCACCGAGAUCUUCAUCCUGGAAAUGCUUUAGUUCAGAACAACCAUGGUCAGUUGGAUUUGAAGAUAAUUGAUUUUGGUCUUGGACAAGAGAAAUGUCACCCAGAUGGUCCGGCUGGCGUUAGAAAUGACAUUCUCAUGGUUUUUCGAAUGUUCAGUGCCUUAUAUCUAGGUCAAGAGUUUGAUAGUAUAGAUGAUGUGGUUAAUAACGGAUCAUCUAAACUUGAGGAAAUGUCAUAUGAAUAUAAACUAAACGAGGAAGAUAGAAAAGAAAUAUUGCAGUUAUUCAAUAUCUUCUUACAUGUAACUAAUUUGAAAAGUAAAGAUUUUGGCAAAUCCGAAAUGAUACUAAAACAUGUGGAAGGUGUUCUGGAUAAACGUGAAAUAGAUAAAGAUGAAGUAUUGCAAUUUGCUGCACAACAACUCUUUCCUGACAAGAUACCACUUCCUCUCAAUAUAGAAGAUGAUGUUGAUACAGGAGAGAAAUAUGACUCUGUUGAUAUGUUAGAGCCAGGUGCUAUCACAUUUAACAGUGUUGAUUCAAACAUAAGUAAUGUCAGUGUUGAAUUUAUUGAUGAAAUAUUAAAUGACAUCAACCUACAAGCUGGACCAGCUGGAUAGAAAGACUGCGUUAUUGAAUCUCUGUUUGCAAUACUACCCUUGAUGGAAUCAGAAGUAAGUCACUAUUAGUAAUAGUGGAAUUGCUCUGAUUCUAUUUGCAUAAAUAAGUAUAAUAGGUAUUAUAUCUUUAAAGGGUAUUUAGUGAAAGCAAUAUAUAAUACAGACAGCUCUAAACGGAUGUUAUUCACCAAUAACUGUAACAUUUAAAUGUUAAUUAACUGUAACAUUUCAAUGUUUAUUAACUGUAACAUUUCAAUGUUAAAGGUAUAUUAUGUAAUAUUUAGAUAAAAAUGAAUAUAUUGAAAAUCUGAAGGGUUGACAAGAUGUGUGUAUUAAUUGCAACCACCGUACUGGUUGUUCAAAGCUAAAUUAAAUCAAAAUAUGGCUGCACUGUUCUAAUUUACUUAAUAUCAGAGAUAUCCGAUGGCAUUGAUUAUGAUAUUGUCAUGUUAAUAAAUGUCUAAUUAAUAAUUUAGAUAACAUUUAGGCCUAAUGAAAGACCUGCAAUAGGCAGAUUUAGCUCUUGCAUAAUGUAUGUUUAAUUAAUUGUAACAUUUCAAUGUUUAUUAAUUGUAACAUUUCAGUGUUUAUUAACUGUAAUCUUUCAGUGUUCAUUAACUGUAAUGUUUCAAUGUUUAUUAAUUGUAACAUUUCAGUGUUUAUUAAUUGUAACAUUUCAGUGCUUAUUAACUGUAACGUUUCAGUGUUUAUUAACUGUAACGUUUUAGUGUUCAUUAACUGUAACGUUUCAAUGUUUAUUAAUUGAAACAUUUCAGUGUUUAUUAACUGUAACAUUUCAGUGUUCAUUAACUAUAACGUUUCAAUAUUUUAAACUGUAACAUUUCAAUGUUUAUUAAUUGUAACAUUUCAGUGUUUAUUAUCUGUAACGUUCCAAUGUUUUUUGUCUGUAACCUUUCAAUGUUUAUUAACUGUAACAUUUCAACGUUUAUUAUCUGUAACCUUUCAAUGUUUAUUAACUGUAACAUUUCAAUGUUUAUUAUAUGUAACAUUUCAAUGUUUAUUAUAUGUAACCUUUCAACGUUUAUUAUCUGUAACAUUUCAACGUUUAUUAACUGUAACCUUUCAACGUUUAUUAUCUGUAACAUUUCAACGUUUAUUAUCUGUAACCUUUCAAUGUUUAUUAUAUGUAACCUUUCAAUGUUUAUUAACUGUAACAUUUCAACGUUUAUUAACUGUAACCUUUCAACGUUUAUUAACUGUAACCUUUCAACGUUUAUUGACUGUAACCUUUCAAUGUUUAUUAAUUGUAACCUUUCAAUGUUUAUUAUCUGUAACCUUUCAACAUUUAUUAUCUGUAAUGGUUUAAUGUUUAUUAACUGUAACAUUUCAAUGAGGGUACUCUCUAACAUGUUCGAUUGUAUCAGUGCUUGAUAACGAUGAGGGUACCCUCAUUGAAACAAUGUACAUGUAGUUAAUAAACAUUGUGAAUGUUAUUCAUAUACAGCUGUCUGUAUUAUUAUUAGUUUUACUUGAUCCAUUCAUAAGGUUUUGUUUAAUGAUAUUUGUAAUUUUUUAUGGUCCCAUGGGUAAAUUUAUUCUAAAAAUCUCAUGUUGGAUGAGAUUUGUUGUCAAAAUUUCAGGAAGGACAAACUGACCAUAGGUGCUACUGUUAUCAGUUUUGUCCAAUCUAAGUCAGUAUUGGGAAGGACAGAUUGAAUACAGGUGCUAAUACAGAACAUUGAUGCUACUGUUAUCAGUUUUGCCCAAUGUGAUUCAAUAAUUUUUUAAAACUAUUUAUAUUUGUUAAAGAUCCCUUGAGUGCAUUUGUUAUUAUUUAUGCCCUGUUUAAUGAGGAUCAUUUACCAAAAUAGACAAUUAUUAUACAUUGUUGGAUUGUUGAUUAUUUACCACUGCCAAGUUAUUGGAUAUUUGACGGUUUACAUUCAUAUGUUAUGUCAUAAACUACAUUCAUAAAAUAACUAAUAUAUUUAUUUUAUAAAUCACAAGUGAGUCAGUUACAGUCAUGGUCAGAUCACAGUGUAAUGAGAUUUAAUUCAUUUCUCUCAUUAAAUAAGCUAUCAUGUUAAGAUCAGUUCACAGUGUAAUGAAAUUUAAUUCAUUUGUCUCAUGACAUUAAAUAAGCUAUCAUGUUAAGAUAAAUUCACAGUAUAAUAAAAUUUAAUUCAUUUGCUAUAUGACUUUAAAUAAGCUAUAUCAUGUUAAGAUCAGUUCACAGUGUAAUGAAAUUUAAUUCACUUGUCUCAUGAUAAUUAAAUAAGCUAUUAUGGGAAGAUCAGAGUGUAAUGAGAUUGAAAUAAAUGCUAAAUAAUAAAUAACGUGAGGCAUAGAUAUUAUUGCAAGUAUAUCACAGAUAUCAUUACAAGUAUAUCAGUCAGUAUCCAUUGUUAUAUCAUUUGAUAUAUUUCCAAAUAAUUAUAGGUUUUAUGAAUUACACAAAGUAACAUAUACAACAACCUGUUCUAGACAAUUAUUCAGUGGAAAGUGGGGUACAAGACACUCCAAAUAACUAACAUAAUGAACCAAAACCAAAAAAGUAGUGUUUUAUGAGUAUUUAUUUCCAAAAAGUUGUAUUCUUCGUAAAUAUUGAUUUAUUUAUGUCAUUUAAAUAUGAUAUAAUAUUUGAUAUUUAGUAGUGCCUUGGAAUGUAAAUUGCAUAGCUACGAAGUAAUGAUAUUACUUAUAAUAUUUGAUAUUUAAUAUUGCCUUGGAAUGAAAAUUGUUAAUAACAUAUAGAUUGUUUAAUUCAGAAUUUUAUCUGAAAUAUUAUUUUGAUAGAUUUAUUUCUUAUAUUUAAAACAAAAACUUGAUCUUUCCAGUUGUGGCAAUAUAUGAAAUAGAGGUUUUGUCUGCAUGUAAUGAAUUUUUAAGAACGAAACACUAUUAUUACUAUUUUGUUCUUUUAUAUUUUAAUGUAUUAAUGAAAUAUUUAUUACUCAAUUUACUUCAUGUUUCUUUGUUACAUAAAUUGCUCAAUUUCUACUGCAUAAUACAUGACCGAUUAAUCUGUGCCAAAUGUUAUUAUAUUUUGAAGAUCAUGAUUGAUUGUUCUGUAUUGCUUCUUUAAAAUAGUUGCUUCUGCUAUAUACUUUGCUUAAUUUAAUAUCAAUGUGUGGAGAUAAAAAUAUGUAUGUUUAUUGUUUACAUAAACAAACUGUAUUAGAGCUGUUAUAUUCAAAAGAACCAGUGUCAUUCACAAUGGCUACUUCCAUCAAAGUUACUUGGUCCUCUGAAUCCAAGGAAGUUCUUAUUAAUAUGGUCUACUUAAUUAAGCAUGUUUUUGCCACUUGGCUAAAAGGACACAUUUUUUAUUACUAGUCGAAAGGAUAGUUGUCUUAUAUCAAAAUAUUUGUCAUACUUGUUUACACAAGAGUUAAGUCAAAUUAAAUUUUUAUGCUGCUUGUACUAUAUGUCUAGUCGAGGCAAUGUUUCUAGUUUUUACUACGCUAGUUAAAAAGUUUAUUUACACAUAUGUAUAUGCCCUAUAGAUAGACAGAUGAGAUUCUGUUAGUUUUUAUAUGUUUCAUGAACAAUUCUUUGAACAUGAUUUUCGAGACAUCUGCUUGAUCUUGUAAAGGAAUAUGUAUAUCGGCUAUUUUUAGUUUUACAUACAAAAUAUUAUUUAAAAUAUUGAUCUGUUUUCAGCAAGUACAUGUUUGAUUUAUGAAUUGUUUUGCUUGUAUUUUUUUUUCCCCCACAUAAUGUGAUAUUUGGUGCAUGAUUUAUAUCAAAUAUUUUAUAAAUGAAAUGUUUAAAAUAUUGAUUCAACAUGAAUUGUUUUGCUUGUGUAGUUUUUUUUUUCCAAUUUGCUGCAUGACUUGAGAUCUAAAAUAAAAAUAUAUUUCUUUA